GGGUUUGGGCUCACAUGGAGUGUUGCUUAUGUCCUCACAGUGUCCCUGGAUUUUCCUCAGUUGAUGCUGUUACUUCUUAAGUCCAAAGCCAUGCAGAUAUGACUUCCGACCUUCAAAACUUAGGCGGUCAUUUUCUUUGAAGAUAGCGCCUUUUUCUCCGCAGCGGCGCGCCACUGACGCAGCUCCGCACGCAAGCCACGUGACGAGACGAAGCGGCCUCUCUUCUCCACCUCUCGGUCCUUACUUCCCAGGGUUCAAUGAGCGUUGUGUGGCCCCACCCCGUCUAUCUACAGCACUGUCUAUCUCCUCUAUGUAGGCUACUACACUCGAAGAAAGGGAAAGCGAGAGAGAAAGAAAGAAAUUAAUAACCUCCAGUUACUGUUUUUUCCUGUCUUUCACCUUCCACGACCAUCUGCAGGAGGAGAGCGGCCUUCGCGGCGGGAAUGUGCUGCUACAACAACCCCGCGUCCUAUUUUUUGUGAAUGUAUAUGCACAUGUAGUGUCAAGCCUGAUGCCAAUUUUUUUCCACCUCGGAUUCAACAGGGAUAUAAACUCUUAAGUCUUUUGCAUGAGUAUCUCUAUGUGUGCACACAGGCCCUGUGUAGGCUGUAGAAACUGAGCCUGACAUCGGCUUUUUUUCACCUGCAAGAAACGUGGCUAAAUUACGGGGGAUUUACACAUCUUUUUCAAGUUUUAUUUUUUUUUCCUUUUUCAAAUCUUAGAAAUGAUUCUUUACUUGAAUGGAUUUAUCGGAGCCGAGUCGGGGAAUUAAACAGAGACCAUCUGUGCGCAGUUUUGGUUGCUCGUUGGUGAUGUGAGAGGCUGAUAACACAUUUCAGCAACAAAAGCUAGGGGCAGGGAGUGAAAGGAGGCCCUUUGGUGGAGAAAACACAGCAAGGAACAGCCAUCACAAAUAAGGAGGACAAUUCGGGGAAACUGCAUCGUGUCGGAGUUAAAGGUUGUGGGGAACCUGUCGAAAAGACAACCGCAGUGAGUUUGGAACGGUUGAAGGUUGAUUUGCUGCAGCAACUGAAAAAAAAGCCGGAUGACGACGGAAGCAAUGACAGUAUCACACAUGUAGCUCGUUCGGAUGUAAAUGUUAUUUUCUUCUCCCUGUCCAGCCUCCCCCCUCCUCCCCCCCGACAAAGAGACACGUCGGAGAGACGGAGUUAUAGCGAAUAUAUUAUACCCUUGGAAUUGUUUAUCAUGCAAGGAGUCGUGGAGACCAGCCGCGCCACAGCACGAGUGAGGUUUUCAGACACGCAGACUUUGGCUCCUUGUCACGGGCAGCAGUGAGACGCAAGACCCGGGCUUUUUUUGAGAUGCAAAUUUGGCUUUUCAGUCUGCCUCCGUUUGAGGUGAAACCGCGAGUUUUUGUGUCCUUACAUACGUUGUGGGUUUCAGUUCUCUACUUUCCAGAUUUUACGUGGGCAGAGUGAGUGAGGAAAGAUAAAAGUAUCCUGCAUGUGAAGGAGGAAAGCCCGAGCAGGAUUCAGCAAACAGAGGCGGCCUCGGUGUCGUCAGCAACAGUAUCCUGCCCUCUCUCUGACAGCAAAAUACGCGUUAUGGACACAUAAUUUCUUCAGUGCUGCACCACGGACUGUGCUUGGAGCAGGCUAGGAACGUUAUAUGGUGCGAAUUGGGGUGUUCUUGUUACAAAAGCCGCAUGACUUACGAAGGAUCUAGAUUACUUUAGGUCAUUUUUCUUUCUUUACACUUACUCCCUUCACCUCCUCCUCCCCUGGACCCCUUUUUUCUUUUUUUUUCUUGCGGGAAGAUGGGUUGUUUGGGCAACAGUAAGACCGAAGACCAGAGAAAUGAGGAGAAGGCACAAAGAGAAGCAAACAAAAAGAUAGAGAAGCAGCUUCAAAAAGACAAACAGAUAUACAGAGCAACACACAGACUACUACUUUUAGGUGAGUUUGUAUUCUUUAUAAACUCUUCUUUUAUGCUUGAAGUUACACAAGCAGGUCCCCACUCUUAUUUGAGGCAAUGCUGCUUCUCUGCACAACUCUCUGGGAUGUUGUUUUGGGAAAUAAUGUCAACAGUGUAACUUUAUAUGGCAAAAGGCAUAACCUGCAACACUGCUAUGAAUUCAGCUUGUUGCUGUCAAACUGACACCAUCUACCACUACAAAAGCCCAAACCUGCUGUAGCUGACACCAUGUGUUGGUUUGACAAUGUUUAGUGUUUCAGUGGCUAACACAUGAGGUGAGUGCACUGAUAUCACUGAUCAUUACAGAAUAUACAGGCCCUAACAUCAACUAAAAGCACUCUUCCCGGUUUCCUUUCUAUUAAGUAAUGACAUACACAUGUUUUUCAAUGUAAGUGCUAUCGUUUCAGGCAUGUUUGCAUGUGACUUCAAAACAAUUUAUACAAUAUUUAUGAAAACAGUCACUUGACUAGCUUAAGUUCAAGUGUUCUCAAACAGUAUAAUCAGAUAGCAUGGAUGCGAGAAAGAACACACUCUAAGGAGAAAUAAACAGAACUCAACAUGUGGUUGAGUGUGUCAAUGAAUUGGAGGUGCUAGGUCUCCAUAAUACAUAAGAGACUAGUAGCAGUGUCUUAAUUUUCCCUGCCUGGCUUUCUUCUCUACCAUCCAUGUUUGUCCAGUCACAGGCUUAACACUCAGAAAUUCAUGCCGUCCUUUGUAAAAUAAAAAAAAAAAGAAUAAAUUAUAUAUAUAUAAUUAUAUAUAUACAUAUAUAUAUAUAUAUAUAUAUAUAUUCUAUCACAGAAACACUAAUGAGGAUAGCGCACUUGUGUUAAUGAUGGGGAGUAGUUGUGGUGACUUACCAGGAUGGGGCCAACAUGUCCACCAAAACAAAAUAUUUGCUUUAAAGUUACCAACCUGUUGAUAUUCCAGUCUACUAGACCACCCAGCAGUUAUUUGCAAUUUUAAAUAUCAUAGAGUAUUUGUUCGUGUAUUUAAGAGGUGAACUGAGCCAAAUAAAUCAUUAGAGCUCAUUUAUUAUUCAAACAUCUUGCAGCUGAAAAAUGUACAUCAGGCUGUAUGUUGGUUUUUGAAAUAUUGAAACAAGUAUCUAUUUUAAGUAGCACAAUCAGGGGUUUUAUUACAAAGAAUACUCUAUCAGCAGUGGUAACCAGGAACCACACAAGGGAAUUGUCCAGCUCUUGUUACAGGGUACUGAAAUGGAUGGCAUCAGUUUGCAUUGCAGAGCUUACAUUUUUUCUUUUUUCCACCAGGCUUAUGUACUUGAUCACUUGAAGGUGUUGCUCAGCAUAACCAUAUCCUCAACUGUUCUGGUCAACAGAUUAAAUAGACAGGUCACUGGGUUAACUAAAUCAAACAGGGUGUCACACUAAAAAAUCUGACAACUACAGAUUGACCAAUGACUUAAAUGAUAAAUUGUAUAAAGAAAAAGCAGUUAUUCAGAGUAACACAUCAAAAAAAUAUUCCCUUGUACUCAGAGAUGACCUGCAGGUACUUUUUUUAAAACCAUAAAUAUUUUAUCACUGUGUUUGUGAUUUGAACCACUUUUGAAAUGGCUAAGAUAUUGAUGCUGUCGGUAAGCACAACACAAGAGGAUAAGUAGUGGAUGUCAUUGACUUUGUCUUACAUUUAUUCCAGCAGUUACUUCUAUAUUUAUUUUUUGUCCUGUUUCAGAAUGAUUUAUUCCUCAAACAGUCUGUAAAUGAACAGAUUCAGCUAAAACAACUGUACAGUAAUCUGAUGUGGUUAUAAUUACCAUCUAACGGGCAAAAGAUACUGAACAAAUCUUUAAACCAUCGUGGCAAGUCUUUCAGUUGACAGUGUAAAUGCAGUGCAAUAUCGUCACAGUAUUUGCCAAAAUAUGAUUCUUGUGUAUGAAAACUUAGCAAGUGCGUGUGUACCACUGAUGCACAACAUUUGACCAAAACAUUGCAUCUUGAAAUAGAAUGAAUUCACUUUGGACCUGAUCAAAUUAGUUGUCUUUCGUCUUGCUGCUCAUCAACAAACAGCACAUUUAGCAUAAUGUCUGUGUUUACAUUUAGCAUAGUGUCUGCAAUGGCAACAUUAGAAUAUGUAUUUCCAUGUUUCAGGUUCAGAUUACAUUGACAACUGAUGUGAGCCUGAGACAUGUUGAGGGUCCUAACUGGAGAUGAUUAGAAUUACCCAGAAGCCAUCUGUCACUGAAAAUGAUAAGGCCUAUAUUUUCACCGCAAGUGUAUCAUGGCCAAUUCCAGAUUCUUAUACCAUGACUUUUGUGUAAGCCUAUGAGAACUAUACAGGCAAAACAUGAAUGUAUAGAACAAAAUAAAAAAAUGCAAGUAACAACCUGUAUUUUAAAAAAUGACAUGAAUAUAAAAGACUUAAAAUCUGCAAUAGUGUCUAGGGGUAUUUAUAAAACUUUGUACUGUAGACAGUGUUUAAAAGACCUGAUUCUGACUUUUUACACACUUGACUUUCCCAAGCAUGCAAUUAAAAAUGUUUUUUCAUGAUACACAGGCCCCCAAUAACAACAACAAAAAAAUAGUCUAUGGGUUAAUGCGGUCAUUUUGUUGGAAGCUUUGGCCCUACUUUAUUCAACAGACAACAAGGCCUGGGAAGACACUGAACGAUGGGAGAGAAAGAGCAGAACUGACUUUGGGACUUGAGGGCAUACAUUGAUGAUAUGCUCUGUAGUUUGUUAAGCAACUAAAAUGCCCAGUUUCAGACUCCCUGUGGCUUGUCUGAAAAUAUGCCAGACUACUAGGGGUCAGGGUGGAAGUUCUGGUUAUUGUGUCCUGAACAAAGUUGUUGCUAACUGCCAGCCACUCAAACUACAACAUUUGUAGUAAGAUUUUCAUUUGAUAGAUAUUAUCUACUAAUGAUGACAAUGUCUGGCUUGUAUCUGUUGAACCAGUAAAAAAAUGUAGAUUCUUUUUUUUUUUUUUAAGACAUUAUACAAGUUGUGGUAGUUGUUUGACCGUUGCCUAUUUUCUUUCUGUUGGAGAGCUAUAACAUGAGAAAGUCCUUAGUUAAAUUUCCAAUCCUAAAAUCCCCAGGAGUCAUAAUUUGCUGUAAUUAGCUUGCAGGAACAAAACCAAUGCACACAUUUACUAAACAUCCCAAGCAAAUAUUGUCUUGAAAACAUAUGUAUUCAUUUGUUCUGGAUGUACAAUCUGCUUUAUGCAUUUUAAUACAAGAUAAAUUGAUUAUCUCAUUUAUUAUGUUUUUUUUUAAAUUUGUUUUAUCUAACAGGGUUUCUGUGCUAGUUCAGAUUAGUUAGGAUAGUUCUCUUAAAGUUCUCUCAAAGAGCUUAAAGGGAUAUUCCGGUGUAAAAUUAAUUUAGGGUCAAACACAGAGUUAGACACCCCCUCUAGAGAUGAAUUUGGCUGACUGCUUGCUUCUCUAGUUAUACCAACUUUAAUAACGGCCACACUAUAGCAGCACACAACGGUCUGAGGAGCCAUAUACAAACCUCAACCAAAAAGGCACUCUAUAGCCACAAAUAAUGCUCAGAAAAGCACGUAACUUCAUCAACAGUACAUAUAGGGUCCCAGCCAUAGUACUAGCCAUCAAACAUCUUUUUAGCUUUGCCUAAUUUCUUUAGUAAAGAGACUAAACACAACACACCUACUCUCUUCCAGCAGCUGCUCGUUUGUGGGGGAGCCCUGACUAGUCGAUCCCCAAGUGCAGCGGAUCAUUUCCAUGCAGUAAUAAUCAUCAUAAUAAUCAUUUUGCACUGCAGAUGUGGUAGUUCAUAAAUGAUCAUAAAUGUUCUUCCUUGAGCAACAAAACUCUGCUGCACUCGCUGAUUGACUCAUUAGGGCUCCCCCUGCAAACAAGCAGCUGCUGGAGUAGAAUGGGUGAGUUGUGUUUGGUCUUUUUGCUAAAGAAAUUAGGCAAAGCUAAAAAGAUGUUUGGUGGCUAGUACUAUUGCUGGGACCCUAUAUGUACUGUUGAUGAAGUUAGGUGCUGUUCUGAGCAUUAUUUGCGACUAUCCGGCUGUUAAGCGUGACGUCAUUUUGUGAGCGGAGCGGCUUCCGGGUCCAUGGGGAAUCAGCCUCCAUUCACUCUCCAUUCAAAACAACAAUGGCGGAACCCGUGAAUCUCUGUAAAAUAACCUCCUUUUUCAGAAGGGAACCACUCAGAGUUAAAAAGGGACUUAAAGCUUUCAACUCGGAUAGAGUUAUUAACGUAAAUUUUAGUGAUGGCGAGAUGAAGCCUCAUGAAGCAUCGAAGCUUUUCAUCCAAUUACUCGCCUCCUGGGCCGAAGCUUCAUGAUCGUGCUUCAUUUGCUCUAUUGCGCCAUCAAGUGGACAAUAAAUGUAAAACGAUAAACCAAAGACACCCCGAGGCUUUGGUGUGCAAAGCUUUGAAUUCAAUGAAUGAAUGGAUGUGAUGCCGUGUGUUUGUGAUACAAUCAUAGACUGUAUACAGUCUAUGGAUACAAUACAGAAAUGAUAAAGUCAUUUUGUUGUCUCUGUUGUUGGGAGGAAAUAUGUAGAAUGAUAGUUUAGUCGCUGCUUUUGUCUCUGAUCAGUUUAAGCAGCAAGGGACAUAGCACUGAGGCAUUAUAACGACAACUCCGCUGGACCCGGAAGUGGAAAAAGAGAACGCGGCUAGUCACGGCUUAACAGCCGGAUAGAGUGGCUUUUUGGUUGAGGUUUGCGUGUGGAGACGUAGACUGCUGUAUAUAGCUAUCGUUACUAAAGUUGGUAUAACUAGAGAAGCAAGUGGUCAGCAACAUUCAUCUCUCGAGGGGGUGUCUAACUCUAGCCUGGCUGGGCCAUCCAGUUGCGUGAAUCACUUGCCGUUCCUUCCCACAACAGUCUGGACUUCGGCCCAUUGGGAGCGUGUAUUAGAAAUCAGAAAAUAACCGGGCCAAUCAGUGACUGUGUUUCCACUGUUCCCCGGACAACAGGGAAAGGCAGCCCUUGAUUGGUCCAUGUGUAGAUGGUGAUGUCUAACACAUGCUGCGGGACUUUUCAAAGCGCUGUUCAUUCAGAACGCCGUUAAUUCUGCAGUUGACUUUGCAAAGUCGGCAGAAAUCGUUUAUAUCCGCUGAAGAAGACGUAAAAUACAUUGUUUGCUCGUACACAUUGAAAUAUUACCAAACCUCUACUUGAUGCUUGAGAGCCCUGCAGGGAACACAGUUGCUCACUGUGAUGACGUCAGAUGUUUGGUUACGGUGAUUGGUUACAGUAGUCUGUCUAUCAAGGAAAGUACUCCCGCCCACUUUUAGGGCUCCCAAUUGGCAGAAGUCCAGACUGUUGUGGGAAGGAACGGCAAGUGAUUCACGCAACUGGAUGGCCCAGCCAGGCUAGUCUAACUCAGUGUUAUGGUGUGUUUGACCCUAACACCGGAAUAUCCCUUAAACUUGAAGCUUCUCUCUCUUCAUGCAGUUGUACAGUUGUGGUAUAAGAGCAGCAGAUGUAAACUUAAAUUUAGCAGAAAACACAGAAAAAACAUCCAGGAACCUGUAGCAUGCUUAGAAACACUUUGUAGAAUUGAAUCCUCUUUGGCUCCCAUCACUCACAAACUUAAUUACCAAAAAAAUAUUCCAGAUGUAAACCGUAGUCUCAUUUUCCUCAUAGGAAAAAAUAAUGCUUGAUAGGUUUCUUAAGUAGCCAUGUAUUACCUCUGCCAAAAAGUGGAUGUUUUUGUUUUGCUCUUCUAGAAACUGCUGUGAGGAACUUUGGGUUUGUAUUGAUUUUGGCACCUCCAGUGUGCCAAACAAUGUUCAUCUUCCCUUUUUGCUGGUCUAGUCCUGUGCAUGCAGCGGUAGCAUUUUUUGUACAAAAAUCUCUUCCUGCUCUCUUCAAAGUUAAUUUUGUCAUUCAUCGCGAAUCAUCUCUGUUAAAAAAUAGAGAAAGGUAGUUUCUUCCACUUGCUGCAAGUCAUCUGGUUUGACACCUAUCUCCUCACAGCGGCUUCAGGCACCUAUACCUAUGAUGUAGAAAUUGUUCAUCUUGAUGAUGUUCUUUGCUUUUAUAGGUCAUAAGGAUGCAUCAGAAUUAAUUUUAGUCCUAAAAUAAGUUGAAAACUCCUCACAGAGACCUCUAGUCAAAACAAGCAAAAUUUACAGAUAAAAAAAAACAAAAGCAUUUUCUAUAAAAUUAAAGAGAAGUUGCAGUAAAGGCAAAGCAAGAAUUCUUGAAACGUGGUGGCAUCCUACUCUUAAAAAACUUUGGCUCGUGAAUCUGAUUGAUGAACAACAAAAAUGCCUUCUUCUUUAACGGAGUGUUUUGAAAAAUGGUGUUUUGUACUUUUUUUUUUUAUGAAUGUCAAACAUGUAAUAUUUCACGUUUGACAUUCAUAACAAUAGGUUUCCUGUUUUUUAUGAAUGUCAAACGUGAAAUAUUUCAGAGCUGCAUAAUUUAUUUAAUACUUUUAUGCAGGGUCCAGAACUUAAUGACAAAUGCAUAAGAACACCAAUAAAGGCAAGACAGGUCUGCACUUCUUCAUGUUUUUUUAUUAAUGGUAUUCUUCUCAGGAGUCUGUUGGGCAACACAUGCAACAACAUCUUAAAACAUAAGAGGCCUUAAACCUUUCCCUUAAACGCAAUAGAAAUACAUCACAUAUGCAUCAAUUAUCUGUGAUCGUCAUUUAGGCAGGGGAAACAUUUUCGAUUCAGAAGACCCACAGUAAGAGCCAAGUCUAAAGUAGGACUACCUCAUGUGUCUGACCCAAAGUUUGUCCUUUUUUUGUAAAGUUUUGUGCUACCUGCCAAACAAUGUCUGUUAAAUUUCAUUUAUGUUCAUGACAUGAGUCACAGCCAAAAGAGCUUAAAAACUUCAAACCUGACAAUGUUUUAGUCAGGUAAAGAGAUAUUGUUAAUAAGAUCAGGGGAAAAAAACAAUAACACACCAAGUUUGUGUGUGGUCUUGUAUUUCAGGUCCCUAAUCUUCUCUUCUUUUCUUAUCAGGAGCUGGAGAAUCAGGAAAGAGCACCAUAGUAAAACAGAUGAGAAUCUUACAUGUCAACGGCUUCAAUGCAGAGUGAGUAUGAUAAAACAUUAUAAGACAAACCACUAUAUUAUAUUUCAAGUGGCUGUUGGAUGUUUUCACUUUCUAGUUUAAUGUAUUUCCUCAAUACUUCCGUUUAAAGCUAUGGUCUACGAUCUGAAAACCAGUUUGGCUGUUGAGACAGAUUAAAAAUUGCAGCCUGCCCCCCCUUCACUCACCCCUCCCCUCCGUGUUCCAAGAUCCUACCCCGUAGAAUGCCCCCCCUGAUGGGAGUGCGGUUGAAAGUACAUAACAAGGCAAAAUAAUACAAGUUUUCCUUACCGUUGGGUGGAUUCAAAAGCGUGUGCCUUUAAUGAUUUCAUUCAGACUAUUCAGAUGAGCCGAAAAAAUAGCCCUGUGAUUCGGAAUAUUUGCUGUCCCGAAAAUAUAAUGUUCUCUAACUUGACAGUUUACUGUACAGUUUAUAUACCCAAGUACACCUCUAUAUGUGCAUUUUUGAGCCACAUAAAAACAGAAAGAAAGUUUGCUGCUCCAUUUGACAUGCUGUCAUGAUCUAAUAUUCGUUGUUUUUUUUUUUUUAAAUAUGAGAUCAUUCUCCUCCACUUUAAGAAGGUAAUGAGUGGAUGGAAUGGAGGGGUGCAUUCUACGGCAGGGGUACAUUCUACAGCACAACACCGGUCGUACGUUUCUCCAAUGUAGACGCUCCGUUGGCACCUGUAUCGCUCAUAUUUCUUCCCUACUUCAGCCUUUUCCUCGAAACUUCCUUGAUGUGGAGGGUAACAGAAGUGGCCUCCUGGUUUCGGUGUUUGUCUUCUCAGGCUCCAUUACCCUUCAUUAGCUGUGCAGCUAGCUAAUCACAUGUACAUGAGGGGGGUAGUGGGAAGGAGGCGGGACCAUGGGCGGGACAGUGCAGAGCAGGGGAGACAGGGGAUUGGAUGGAUUUACGGACCACUCUUGGUCGAUUAUUAUGCCUUUUGGCAGCGGAUAUACUGAAUGGAUUUUUUUCGUUCUUUUUGAUCUGUAUGUAUUGUAUCAGAUGCAUUGCGUAGAUCGGACCAUAGGACCAUAGGACCAUAGCUGCCCUAUAAACGAUGCUAUUAAUAAGUACCAAGCUUCCAAAUGGUAGACCAUAGCUUUAAGCCAGGGGGUUGCUCAUGCUAAUGUAACUGAGUUUUAUGUGAUAGUAUUCUGCGCUCGCCUUUUUGAACAAUGUGUUUUUAGAGAGUUAACGUGUGCUGCCAUAAAGCAGUUGUUUUAGCCGUAAUCUAGAUUGCUGUGAUGAAUUUAUUGCAGUUCCACAUUGAUGUAUGUGAAUUUUUUUGUUGCUAAGUGUGUACAGUAAGGUAAACUUAAAUCGCUUGGUUACAGUAGGUUACUUGCAUGUUUGCGUACUGCUGGCAUACUAAGCAAGGUUUAUCAUGAGAGUUUACACCAAAAGCAACCAAUAGCAUAUGACCCAGAGCAUGACUCCACAACAUUGAGCUGUGUGUGUCCGGUAGGUGGACGUCUCUAUUCGCUAUUCACAUCAUCACUUCUGUGUGACAUUUUGCAUGCUUGGAUUUUAAGGAUGUAUAGCCAUUUAUCUGUAUUUGUAGUGAGCUGUGAUCUUUAAAUGAUUAACAUUUUGCUUUUAUGUAUUUUUAUCGUUGAACUUGUUAUCGGUGUUGCUUUUGUGUGAGAAAAUGAAUGUCUGUUUUAAAGAUUCUGCUUAAACAGACCAUGGGCCUCCACAUUGCAUAGAGACAGGUUUCAAAAGGUCUCGAUUCAGGCAGAGCACAAAUUAACUGAUUUUGGAUUAAAAAGGUCCUAAAAAUUUGUGGUGAAAGUUUGGUUGACAGAAAUAACUGUUGUGCUUACCUAAUGGUAAGACUAAGUGGGAUAAGUGACAAGAUGAAUUCCGACUCCAAUUGGUGGCCUGAUUUUCUCAGGAAAGGAUGCCUAACUGGUGAAGUUACUUAUCUUUCCUUCUGAACUAUGAAUGAGCUGCCUCUGGGUAUGGCGUUCUGUUGAGAGUUGCAUCACUUGUGUUUUUGAAGGGUUCAGAAGCUGUAUGAGACAGCUCUGGAAGUUCCACUUUUGAUUCCAGUUACAGACUGUGUCAUCUGCUUGUCCUCUAACAAAAAUCUUCUACAGUAUAUUAGGUUACCUGAAUGUAUACCUUGUUAGCAUCACUGCAAGAAGUUGUAUUUACUCUCUUGUCUUUUUCCCUCUCUGUAUCCACAUGUGCAUGUAGAUGGUACAGUAAACUUGAUGAGCUUACACAAAAACAUGUCAUUCUUAAUGGCUUACAAGUUACAGGUUUAAACAAGGCCCCCUGAUAUGAACCGCUUGAUCUCUUACCCUCUUUUUAAUUUUUUUUUUAAUCUAGUUUUAUUUUUCUGUCAACUACAUAGAAAUUAAUUUGUGAAGGUACUGUGAGAAUAAAUCAAGCUUUCAUGAAUCAAAUUCUAAAAUAGAAUUCAAGACAUACACAAUAAAUUUAAGAUUUGUUUAACCUGACUGUAGGAGUUGCAAUUGGUUUUACUUGUGCAUUAAAGUGAAUUUUUGAUGGAAUUUGUUAAAGAACAAAUAUUGUGACACGUACCUAUCACAAGUUUCUGAGUAUCAUAGCAUUGCAGCAAGAAAGUAUGUACAGUAUCCCAGCAUAAGUAAAUAAAGAUGUACAACCCCAAAAAGCUGGGUACCAUGUAAAAUGCUGAUAACUGAGAGUUGUUGAAAAAAGAUAUGAGGACACACAUUGCUGUGCAUGCCUAUCCCAACUAUUUUGAAAUGAGUUUGUAGCAUCAAUCUCAGAAAUUCAGAAAUUUCAAUUCCAAAAUUUGACAUGCUGUCUUGGUCCGUUUUGAAUUACAUAUAGAGGAUUUAAAUGAUUUGCAGACCACAAAAAUCAGCUUUUGUUAACAAUUUGUGUUUUAGUCUGAGCAAAUACAUCCUCAUCAUUAACUGACUAAAGCGGCGGAUGUGACUCAGUGGUAGUGUCAGUCAUCGAUCAGUCGGGAGGUCAGGGGUUCGAUCCCAGGAUCCACUUGCCAAAUUGUUCCUGACAAGACAGUUGACCCCAGCCUGUCCUGCCGGUUGUGUCCAGCAAUGUGUGAAUGGGAUUAGUUAAUACAAAUACCGUGUUUCCCCUACAUUCAUUCAGCAGCGGCACAUCGCUGCGGCUGAAUUGCGUGCGCCGUAACUGAAAUUUCGCAUGAUCAUUAAUAUCAAUGCGCCACUAAUGAUUUCUACUCGCACUGUGUGAGCACAACAACACAUGACGUUAUUUUCGACUUGUUUUUAAUCAUCAAAACAUUGCUGAGGCAUGAAAUUGAUGAUCCAUAAGCUAUGCUACUUAUCCUUAGAGGGCCUUGAGAUGAUGGGCACCUUAAACAGGUUGCCAGUCUACUACAAAGCAAACACAUAGAGACAAAGAGAACUUACCUACCUAAAGUUAGAAGGAACAAUUAAUGUAACUUUCUUGUCUUAUUAUAAUAAGUGCAUCCUAUUAAAGCUAAAGUGGACCAAGGGAAAAUCUUCAAAUUCCACAAAGAAAACCCAAGUCAGGUUUGAACUCAGAGCUUUCCUGAGUGGACUAGUUUACGGUCACAUCACCAUGCACCAUAACCAUUUUUUAACCCAAUUCCAGGGAUGAGAGGGUAGCAAUAAAUAUCUUCUUUUUUUAGAGUCAUUAGGUUGUUAAAGAAUUAUUCAGCCUUUGUUUUUGUCAGACAUAUGGAUACAAUGUUUUAAUUUUCUUGAGGGAACUCCCAAAAUGAUAAAUAAAGUUGCAUCUGAUCUAAUUCAAUCCAAUCUAAUCUCAUCUAAUCUACAUUUUAGAAUGCAAAUGGCUUUUGUCUAAAAAUCUAAUAAAUAUUUGAAUUCAGAUAGUCUUGAAAACAUAUUCUAAUCUUACAUAUGUUAAUGUAAGAUUAAAAAGCAACUGCAAAAAAUAGCAUCCUGUUGGCCAGACUGUCUUUCUAGUGGCACAUAAUAUAACUUCUGCCAAAGGGAUUCCAAAAGUUGUGUUUAUAGCAGGCACAAUUUCCCUAUCAUACAUGCACUUAUCUGUUUGUUUUUCAAAGUCAACAUUAACAGCACUUUGUGGUUAACCAUGUCAGAGUAACAUUGAGUGCAUUUUCUGCUAUGUGAAAAACAUUACUUGCAUCCUGGAUCCUCUGUUGAGGACAAAAAAAGACCAUGUCAUCUUUAAUGGCUAGUUUCUAUGGUGAAUACAAAAUGGCAAAAUUUUUGAAUGUCUCUAUGUUUAUUCAUUUUAGUUUGAGUGGUUUUGUAAGCAGUGUUCAUGGAGUGAUUAUCCUUUAUUAUAAUUAAGUUAUUUUUAGUUAUCCUCAACAAAAGCAAGAGUGAAAAUGGCGUCAUUGAAAACUAUUGAGCUUUUGAAUGUCUUAUCUUGUUGUUUUUUCAAAUACUUCUUGCCUGAACUCAUCCAUGUCUGCAGGGUAGAGCACUACAGCAAUGUUCCCUGGCAUGAUUUUCUCUGUCACUGUGUGUCUGUUUCAGAGAGAAGAAGCAAAAAAUCCAGGACAUCAAAAAUAAUAUCAAAGAAGCUAUUGAGGUAAGUGGCUGUGUAAGCGCCUUUUUUCAUCAGUUCACUAAAACACCAAAACAAGUCCAGUUACCUCAUUUGGUUGAAUCAAAUUGUCUUGCUGUCUUGGUUGUAUUGAAGUAUGUCUUCUGUCUUUAAAACCUUCUCUACAUUUUGUUUUUAUGUUUUUGUCAGACCAUAGUUACAGCCAUGAGCACUCUUACACCACCUGUGCAGUUGGCGUGCCCAGAAAACAGGUACCAGAUCGAAUACAUCCUCAACCUUGUCAACCAGAAGGACUUUGAGUUUCCCUCUGUGAGUAUUACAAAAUAGAAAGUGAAAAAACACUUACACAUACAAAACACAUUCUCAGAAAUGGGAUAAUUUAAAAAACAUAUUCUGUAUAAAACACUUUUUUUUACCAUGUGAUUAAAAUUGACUUUGAGUAGAACUACUUAAUUCUUUAACUUCGAAUAGCUGCACUGACAUAUUUUACUUGCUCUAGUUGCUUCUUAACAAAUUUGAGGAACAUUUCCUCAGUGCCCUGUGUUACACUCAAUUUGGUUGUUCUCAAGUCUCAGAUGAUAGUCCCCUGAUAUAGGAAGUACUCUACGAGGUUUGCCGAGGACUUAUGGGUAAUUUCUGUCUAAGUUUAGUCUUGGGAUCAGUACAGGGGGUUUCUCAUUUACUAAUUGUCCAAGCUAAGAGACUAAACCUCAGCCUCAAUUGUUUAUUCACAGCCAUUGGUGCCAGGCUUGAUUAAAUUUUCAAUUUACCUGCUUGUGGAAAGCACAAGAGAGUUAAGAACCGAAAACUGAUCAUAUUUAAGUGAGCAUUUAAAUAUUGAUUUGUAUUUUUAUAGAUUUAAAGUAAUCAAAAACAUUUUUGUAACUAUAUUUUUUGAGGACUGUCUGAAGCAUUAAUGAUUAAUGAUUAAAAAUUAAUGGAAAGUAUAGUACAAACCCCAAGUUGUAUUGAGGUUGAGAUGUGUAAAACGCAAAUAAAAACAGAAUACAAUAAAGUGCAAACUGAUAAACUCUAUUGUUUUUUGUAAACGUUUACUCAUGUCCACAACACGCUCCAAAAAAGCUGGGACAGGAACAUGUUUACUGCUGUGUUACAUCACCUUUCCUUUUAACAACACUCAAAAAGCCUUUGUGAACUGAGGACACUAGUUCACUAAUUUUUUAUCAUUCUUGCUUGAGGAAUGACUUUAGUGGCUCAACAAUCUGGGGUUUCUGUCUUCGUAUUUUGCGCUUCAUAAUGCACUACACAUUUUCAGGGAGACAUGUCUGGACUGAUGGCAGGCCAGUCGAGUACCCGCACUCUUCACUAAGAAACCACACUGUUGUAACACGUGCAAAAUGUGUCUUGGCAUUGUUUUGUCAAAAUUAGCAAGGGGCGUCCAUGAAAAAGACGUGGCUCUGAUGGCAGCAUAUGUUGAUCCAAUAGCUGUAUGUACCUCUCAGCAUUAAUGAAGCCUUUCCCCAUGUGACAGUUACCCAUGCCGUGGGCACUAACACACCCCCAGACCAUCACAGAUGCUGGCUUUUAAACUUUGACCUGAUAUUAAUCUGGAUGGUCCUUUUCAUCUUUAAGACUAAAGUCCAUGAUGUCCAAAAACAACUCGAAAUGUGGACUCAUCAGAUCACAGCACACUUUUCCACUUUUCCUCAGUCCAUCUCAGAUGAGCUCAGACCUGAAGAAGCCAAUGGUGUUUCUGGCUGUUGUUGAUAUCUGGCUCUGUUUUUGCAUGGUAGAGUUUGACCUUGCACUGGUUGAUGUAGCAACAAACUGAGUUAAAUGACAGUGGUUUCCUGAAGUCCUCCUGAGCCUGCAUGGUAAAAUCCUUUUAAGAAUGAUGUCAGUUUUUUAUUGCAGUGCCACCUGAGGGGUGAAAGGUCACGAUCAUUCAACAUUGUUUUUGGUUCUUGCUGCUAACGUGAAGAGAUUUCUCCAGAUUCUCUGAAUCUUUUGAUGAUAUUAUGGUCUGUAGAUGAUGAAUCCCUAAAUUCCUGCAAUUGAGUGUUCAGAGAAGUUGUUCUCAAACUCUUGGACUAUUUGUUCAGGCAGUUGUUUCCAAAGUGGUGAACCUCACCCCAUCUUUGCUUGUAAACGACUGAGCUUUUCAAGGGGGCUCCUUUUAUACCCAGUCAUGACAGUUAUCCGUUUCUUAUGAACCUGUUCACUUGUGAAAUGGUCAAACUGGCAUUUUUUCAGUUUUUCUCAAUUUCCCCAGUCUUUUGUUGCUCUAUCCCAAUUUUUUCAAACAUGUUGCAGGCGUCAAAUUUAUAAUGGGUAAAUAUUUGCAAAAAGACAAAAAAAAAAAACAAUUAAGUUUGUCAGUUUGAAUGUUAAAUAUCUUGUCUUUGUAGCAUAUACAACUGAAUAUAGGUCUAAAAGGACUUGAAACUCAUUGUAUUCUGUUUUUUAAUUGAUAUUUUAACUUAGUUGGAAUUGGGUUGUGUGUGUUUUUGGCAGAUCUGCAGUUUGGUCACCAUACCAAGAGUCUAUGUGUUGGAUUAGAAUAAGUGUCCUUAUGUUCCUUAUGUGAUUGUGUCUAUGUGUUCUUCAAAGAAGAGUGGUUUUAUUUGUGCUAAUAAAUGUAUCAGUUGACACAAGGAACUAAUUAGUUCAACAUCUUGUGUAUGAUAUAGACAGUUAUGGAGGACUUAUGGAGGACUUAAGGCAGCUUUAAGUGUUUCUUGUUCAUGAACAUACAGACUUAUGAUGUCCUUCUGCAGACAGUUGUAUUGCUGAACUUGCACACAAUUCUGAGACAGUGUCUGCCUACCAGCUCCAGUGGCUAUGUUUCUUAUGUUCUUAAAAUGGUUUUGAAUAUUUUUUCUUUUUAAUUGGACUAAGUGAAAGUUAAGAUGCAGAGGCAGAAGCAUGACCCUUAUCAAAACUUUUAGUUUUACUUGUUUGUAUGGCCUACAUUGAAACUGAUAUUGAAUUUAAACCUUCCUAUGGGAAUGAAUAGUGUCACAUCUGAGGUUCUCUUUUUGCCCAGUUUAAUUGGUCCAUAGUUUUAAUAUGACAUUGAUAGCCUGUUUACAUUUUGAUAAAAAACAAGUAGUCAUCUUUAAGAACACCUUUUUACACCUCUACAAACAUAUCACUGGCCACAUCCAAAUUCCCUUAUAUAAAUGAUCAUAUACUGUUGGAAUGAAUUGCCUCAAUCAGCCUUGAAAACAUCAGUUAUAAAACAACUACCAAGCCGCUGUUGAAGAAAUAUAUUUUUAAAGAUAGUGUAUGUAGUUUAGCUGUUUUUAGGAAGCUCUUAACCAAAGCACUAAUAACAGUGUUUGUUUUAGUGGAGAAUUUUCAAACCUUGAUUUUUACAUGAGAAUGCCCCUUUGUUAUGACAUUAUUCACAGUUGCAUUACAGAUGUUUUUGUUUACUGCAUGUCAGCUCACCUCUGUCGAAACUAAGGAUGGGUAUUGAUAAGAUUUUAUUGAUACCAAUGUCAUUAUCAAUUCCACUAAAGAUUGAAGAUGCUUGGACAUACAAAUAGGUAGCCAAAAGUGCUGAGAGCAAGGGCAGACAGCAGAGAUGCUCUGUCUACCUGUAGUAUUGUCUAAAAUGGAUCUAAUGACAGAAUAUUUGUAGAGCAUUUGUUUCAUCUUUGUCAAAUAAUGUCACAGAAUCUGUCGUUGAAACUUACUGCUUUGCUCUGCAGAGAAGUUGCAGCGGCUACACUUGUCCAAUGUUUGUCGAACUCAUGACACUCUUGGUAUUUAAGGCUGUGAGUCGACAAAUGUUUUAAUAUGUUGGUGGUGUUGCCCAUGCAUGAUAUUACAGCAUUGCACAAAUUUCACUUUGCAUUGUUAGUGUUGUUUUUGGUAAAGUGAAUCCAACGUUUGGUUGCUUAAAUCUCUCUGCCAUUGUCUUGGAAAUUCUGGUGCUCACUGAUGAGCAUGAUUGACAAGUGGCACGUCACCUUGCAUAGAUGUAAGGUCCUGCCGCUCCUUUGUAAUGUAAAGAAUUGACAAGGGAAUUGUUAAGCACAAAGGCUAAUGAUGUAAAUGGAAUGAAACAAUCCGAAUGGAUUCUUAACAGGAACUGGUUAUUGAUACCCAUCCAAUGUCAAAACUCAAUGUUUCAAAAACGCUGUCAAACCAAUUAUUCAAAAAAAGGUUUAACCUUGUAUAUGGGAAUAAUAUUUGAAAGACUUUGUUGAAUAAAAUAAAGCUAUUGUAACUGCAUGAACUACCGUUAUAACUAUCUGCAGUCUUAGUGACACUGUGAAAUGUUUGAAUCAUCCUGUUUUGCAUGUGUUAAUUUUUUUGUUGCUUUUUCUAAUGUUUCCUUUCUUUUCCAUAGUUUGAUCUUCUUUUUUAUUUUUUAUUGUCAUUGAUCCCAGAAAGAAAAGUUGUGACCAGGUUAAUAAGUCAUGGUUACAGUGUAAAAAAACAAAUUCACUGUGCUGGCUGUACACAUACUAAAAACGCUUUUGUUGGCCUGAUCCGUAUGUGCUUUGUUAAAGGGAUAUUCCGGUGUAAAAUUAAUUUAGGGUGAAACACACUGCAACACCGAAUUAGACACCCCCUCGAGAGAUGAAUGUUGCCAACCGCUUGCUUCUCUAGUUAUACCAACUUUAUUUACCACCACACGAUAGUAAUACACAGCGGUCCGAGGAGCCAUAAAAAAACCUCAACCAAAACGCCACUCUAUAGCCACGAAUAAUGCUCAGAACAGCACCUAACUUCAUCAACAGUACAUAUAGGGUCCUGGCCAUACUAUUAGCCACCAUUCAUCUUUUUAGAUUUGCCUAAAUUCUUUAGUAAAGAGACUAAACACACCUCACCUACUCUCUUCCAGCAGCUGCUUGUUUGCAGCGAGACCUCAGGCCAGUCCAUUAUGGACUACAGCGGGGUGACACAGCUCAAGGAAGAACAUUUAUGAUCAUUUCUUCAUGGAAAUACAAUCAGACCAAGACACUAAGGCAGAAGAACUACUGCGUCUGCAGUGCAAAAUAAUUAAUAUGAUGAUUAUUACUUCAAGGAAAUUAUAAAGUAAUGUGUUACGGUGUGUUUGACUCUAAAUUAAUUUUACGCCAGAAUGUCCCUUUAAAUUCACACACCUUAAACUUAAGUUUUAUGGUUGCAAAUAAAGCAAUAAAGCAAAAAAUAUUCAAAUUUGUAAAUGAUAAACCGAUUGAUGAAAUAUUCCAGGAAACUUCUUGUCAAAAUACAUAAACAAACUAAUAACGAAGUCUUUUGUUAUGGCUGCUUUUGACUAACAGCGUACAACUCUAUUUUGCUUGCUUGUUUGUUUGUUUUGUGACACAAAACAAAACAAAAAAGUUAUUAUAUUGACACCACUGCUGAGUUAUUAUUCAGGAUGCUCAGUCCCUAAACUUAAUCUAAUUGUACGACAGUGCCUAUUAUCAAUGCAUACUAGCUUGAGUGUUGUACUUGGAUCACUGAGUUUAGACGGUUUUUCAGCAUUGUUAAAAAAGUUUCUAGCUGACACCUUCCAUUCAUGAAAUUGUUAAUUGAUGAUGUAUCCAAGCAUGUGAGUGAGUCUGUCUACAGGGCCUUGGUGCUGUGAAAUGUCUUCUCUUUCCACCUCUAUUUACCUUUAUUGACAUGUACCCAGGCAUUGCCUCGGUUCAACGAACACUGCAUGUGGUAUCAACAAAAGCACAGCUUGUCAUGGUGCCCUUAGAUACACACUGUGGAUGGUACAUAUUCUUCCUGCUUGUAACAGCACUUUAAAUUCUUUGAGCUAAUAAACUAUUUAUUUGCCUUUUAAAAUCAAAGAAAAGUUGUAGGAUAUUUCACUGACAAUGCAGCAGGUAAUCAGACUUUGCUUUUGAAUAGAGUUGAGUUUAUGUGUCCCUGUUUUAUUUAUUAUUUAUUUAUUUAUAUUAAAUAAGCUCUAUAUAAUUGCAAUGAAUAUCAUGUUUUUCUUUAAGCAGGAAGAAUAAAUUAUGUAUUGUAAGUGUCCGAUGUCUGACAGUUAUGUAUUUAUAUACCCCACUACAUAGGAGUUUUACGACCAUGCGAAGACGCUGUGGCAGGAUGAGGGGGUCAGAGCGUGCUACGAGAGAUCUAAUGAGUACCAGCUGAUUGACUGUGCCCAAUAGUAAGUGCCCACUGCAAGUCCAGAUACACUUGAACACUAAGUGCAAUACACUACAACAGUUGUGAAGAAAUCAUAUAGGCCCCUGCAUAACUACUGUCCUUUUUUUUUAACUAUGUUGCAUUUUUUUUUUUUUUAUUUGUUUGCACUGCCAAAUUACAAGUGUAGAAAGGUGGCUUUUGAAAUAUUGUGGUGGUUUUGUUUUGUAAACCUAAGCCAUUUGUAUUAAUCUAAAGAGGACUAGUGACUGGUAUUGACAAGUCCGACAAAUUACCAGAAGUCAUCAAGCUGCCAUUCCUUCAGGGGUGUGUCUCCUUAACAUUGGCAUGUUCCAAUGCAGGCUGUUACAAACUAACAUUUUGUUAACUUUGAACAAAAAAAAACCAGAGGGGCUGCGACAAGGGUAAAUAAAAACAAUGCACAUUGUGUUGCACUGCUAACCACGGCAAAUGUCAAUGGACCUCUGGGAAAACGCAACGGCGACAAUGACACUACAACAAAAAAAUACUAAAGCAAAGUCAAGAAAAUAUGAUGAUUUAUAUCUCGCCUUUACCUUCACCUAUACAACAUGGAUAAUGAAGAGAGACCGUAAUGUGUGCUAUGCCUAAAAGAACUAGCUUCUGACAGCAUGAAGCCAAACAAGCUAAAAUGCCACUUACACCACACACAGACAAACCUGUGGAAUUCUUUAGGAAAAAACUUCUCAGCUGUUGUACACAACAGAAUGCGUUUACAAGCACAGUUGUUUCUACAUCAAAUGUGCAACUUGCCUUCUAUAAAGUAGCCUACAGAGUUUCAAAAUGUAAGAAACCACACACCAUUGCUGAGGAAUUAAUAUGGCCUGCAGCUAUUGAUAUGGUUUCAACAAUGAUUGAUGAAGCUGCCAACAAACUGAGGACUAUCCCUCUAUCAAACAGUACCAUUGCACGGCGCAUUUAUGACAUGUCAAAAGAUAUUGAGGAACAGCUCAAUGACAAGAUACGAGACAGCCAUUUUGCUCUGCAGGUGGACGAGGCCACUGAUAGCAACAAGGACUGUUUAUUGAUAACAUACGUCAGAUUCGUCUCUACUGAUGAUUUGAGGGAGGAAUUGCUUCUUUGUAAACCUGUAAAAAAACAGGGCCACUGCGGAUGAGUUGUUUAACAUCAUUUACACUUAGUUGAAAAAAUGCUGAUUUAAAAUGGAAGGACUGUGUGGGAAUCUGCACAGACGGGGCUCAAACAAUUGCUGGGAGACAGGGAGGGCUGCAGGCGCUCAUAAUGCACAUCUCUCCAGACGUGCAGUGAGAAAACAAUAGCGGUUUGUGACAGACGGUGUGUUUUUUAUCCAUUUACAUAUUUUUCAUUUACAAGUUGAAGUGUACGGUCAGGGGUAGGGGGGCCUGAAAUAAUUUUUAUCUGCCAAAGGGGGGCCUGGCAGAAAAAGUUUGGGAACCACUGUCUUUAGUAACCCUUUAGAUAUCUUUAGAUGAAUAAUAUUACAAGUAUUUGCUCUUUUGUCCGUAUGACUGUGAAUUGUGGAUGGCAUUUUGUUGAUUAUCUCCAGGUCGUAAACAAAAUGGUUUCAGGUCAUUCCUGUACUAACGAGUUAAUAAGGGAAGAGAUGCAUGAAAUCCUCACAGUCAGUCCACAUCAGCAAGAGUAUAGGAAAUGCCACAAUGCUAAGGCAACAUGUCUGCGAUGAUUAAAUUUAACAGGGUAUCCAGGGGGGUCUUAAAAAGUCUUAGAACUUUUAAAAUCCAAUAAUUUUGAAUAUAAGGCCUUAAAAUGUCCAAAAUUCUCUUAAAACUUCAUAAAAUGUCUUGCAUACGAUUUUGAAAGGUCUUAGCCUCGUAUGUAAAAUCAGAUAAUGUUAAGAUGGUCUGUUCAAGAUACUGUCAUCGAUGGCUGUCCAAACUUAUUUAUCAGAAACAAAUGACAGUUUGCCACCACAGUAAUGGCAGCUAUAGAAGAUGGGGCUACACACAAAUUGCUGUCAGAACAUUGCUUAAGUUCCAAUUUAAAAAGCACAACAAAUGAGUUUGCAUGAAAUACUUCUGAAACAUGAGAGUAAUGAAUAGAUGGCAGUCAAUACUAUCACCAUUUUUUAACGCUGGUUGGUUGGAAAAGCAACACAGAGCUAAUCUUACUCAGAGCUUCUGGAGUCCCUCCCACUUUGAGUAGAAUCACUAUUAGUCUGAGUGGUGUAUGCUGUUGUUUGAAUACCAGUAUAUGACAUUGUUCAGUCAGGCAGCCUAUUUCUGUACAGUAUAUGCUGUGUUGCCUAAGGGCAUGUGAGCUUUUUAACAUUUUUGAUAGGAUGUUUGGGUAAAAAUUUGCUGUGGUACACAACACUUAAGUUGCCUGAGCUGACAUUUAAUCAAUGAAUACAUAAAUUAACUUAGCUAACACUCACCAAACUUUCCCUUCCUUUUUUAUGCCUAAGUUAAAAGUUAUACCUCUUUAUCUUCUGGUUCAUUUAGGCAUCCACUUUAUAAUAAUCCUCACUGUGGAUGGCAGUUUGUCAACAUGACAUGUUUCCCCUAUCCACAGCUGACCAAAACAGCUGUUCUGUUGCUGCUGCUGCUGCUGCUGCUGCUGCUGUUUGAUGCAUGCAUGGUCAAACAGUGCCCCACAUGGUCAAAUGAAUACUCUUUGAGAAAAGAGCUGUUUUAAUGCAAGCUUAAGGAGUGAAGCUAUAAAAUAUGUAGCUCAGACUUUGAGAAAAUGACAUUUUGCUCCAAGUUCUGUGGCACAGAGCUGUGAUAUCUCCCUUUGCAGCUUUUAAUAAGGGCUGUGCUCAUCAGCAUCUCCUGUGUGUGUGUCUUACAUAUAUUUAGCAAGAUUAAAUCUUAGGAGUAAAGUGAUGAUAUACAUAACUGAUACUGUUCUUGGCUCCACAGUAACAUCUAGUGGCAGCUGUAUAAUAUCACCUGAAGUUUUGCACUCAGUGGGUAAAUUUGCAUCAGUACAUCCUGCCUAUUCAAAGGUUUUGUUAAUAUUAAUGGAAGAAGUCGUAAACUGUUUUUACAUUUUUGUACAGUGUAGCCAACCAAUCCAUCUUUAAGUGAUGCAAUUCACAGUGUCAAAUACAUGCAAGUGUAAGUUUCUGGGGCUCCUUGAUUAUCUAGACCUACAGGCUGAGAUUUGUGCCACUAGAAACUAAAAUUGAAUCAUUAUAUUGAAUUUUUAAAGCAUGAUUUGAAACUGAAAUUAAUGUUUUGAAGCUGAAUUGAUCUUCAUGAAUUGACCUACAUGAAAAUUCAACUCUAUUUCCUUAAAUGUGAAAAUAAAAUAUUAAUAUUAAUGUUGUCAGAUCAUAGCCCAAAUCAAUCAAAAUGAAAAACACUACUGAGCAGUCAUUACACUACAUAAGAAAUGGAAAACACAAUGCUCAGGACAUAAAACUGUAGAAAUUAUUGUUCACGUAGGCUAAAUGAAUUUUGCAAAUAAAAAAGAAAAUCCUCUGUGAAAUUAUCACCUGUAUACAGUAAAAAUAAAGUAAAAGCAAAUAUAAACAAGAAGCACAUUACAGUGUAAACCACAAAAUCAAACUCAAGUGCUUACAGUAUCUACAAUCGUUCAGCCACAUCAUCAUGUCUGUAUGCUGGGUCAGGCCACAGGACUUCAUCCACAUCACAGGCCACAUUCUCACUGACCAGGCAACAGGGGACAACCCCCUCUGAACUGGCGUAUGUUUGUUUCCUCGCAUCAUUAGCCACAAGUGUGAGCAAUUUUUGAGUUGUUGUGUUUAAGCUGUGACACCUAAGCUUUAAAUGUGUCCAACAUUUGCUGUGCUUACCAUUGUACAACACAAGUACAUCACAGUGCACAAUGUGUUUUACUGAGUGAGAAUGUGUUUGAAAGUUAAGUCUAACCAGCUGAAAAGUGCCUAUGGUAAGGACAAGAGAUAAGGUGGACAUUUAUCUGUGAAGCCACAGACCAUAGAGGAGUCUUGGCAGACGUGAAUAGGAGCUGUGUGAAUCUCUUCAUUACUCUUCCUCAUGGAUGUAGAUGAUGUAAUGGUUGUGCCACGCUGAACUGAAAUUGAAUUGUAAAACUGAAUCUGAACUGUGUGAACUGAAACAGAUUUUUUUAUUUUUGAAUAUAAGAAAAAUAGAGUUGAAUUUUCAUGUAGGUUAAAUACAGUUUCAAAGCAGAUAAAUUCAGCUUCAAAACAUUAAUUUCAAUUUCAAAUCAAGCUUUUUAAAUUCAAUAUAAUUAUUUAUAUCCAGGCACACAUCUUAGCCCAUAUAGACCCAGUCUUCCAAGAUUUCUUUCAACCACAGUGCCUUAUGUGUUGUCCAUGCAUCUUCUUAUGUUCUCAAACAAACCAUUGGAAUUUAAAAACUUGUUUUUGGAAAUACAUUAUUAAGAAAUUGCACAAGAGUGAAUGUAGUGUGAUUUUGACAGCUCAUAAGUGAUUGCAACAGCUUUUUUUAGUUAUUAUUUAUAUUAUUUCAGAGUUUCCCUGAAAUGAAACAGUAGCAUUUUGCAGUGUUUUGGAGCAAACAUGGCUAAGGCUGAGUCAUCCACAGAUCAGUGGAGAUUUAAGGAAGGACAGGGGUGAUGUUAUGGCAGAACAGCUGUGGAUUACAUGCCUGUAACCUCACUGUUUAGUAUACAUAUCACUUUUGUUGGUUUGUUUUGUGUUUAAGAUGCACUCUAAGUUAAACUGUUACCAAUUCUUUCACCUUCAGGUGGUUGUGAUGGCACAUUCCAGUUCAUUACUACGUUACUUUUUUGCCCACACAUCCAGCUCAAAAACACAGGCAAAUCUGGGCUUUGCUUUCUUUUUCUUUUCUGUCUGUCUUUUUUCUACCUCAAUUUGUAUGGCUGUCUGUAUUUUUUCUUGAGCUACUCAAGCUGCUGUAGAUUUGAAGCUGAUGGACUAUUAAUAGCAUCUAUGGUUGGGUCUCCAUGGUAACCAUGCUGGAGGCCAGGGCGCUGGGAAGCUAUUUUUGAAAUCUGCUCUGUAAUGUCAGACAGGCGCCACUGGUAUUUCAUUCUGUUUUUCUUUCUUUGUCCUUCUCUUUUUUUCUACCAACUGAGAUGUCAAACACAAAAUUGUCUGAUAACCAGAAUACAUGGUAAAGUGACAGUAUGUAAAUCUCUGCAUAAUAUGAUAAAAAUACACUCACCAGCCACUUUAUUAGGUUCACCUUGCUUGUAACCAUCAGAAGAUGGUACACUAUGGUCAUGAAGGAUGGGCAUAGUCAGUAACAAUACUUAGGUAGGCUGUGGAGUUGAAAUGAUGCUCAGUUGAUACGAGGGGGCACAAAGUAUCCCCCACACAAUUACACCACCACCAGCCUGAAUCAUUGAUUCAAGGCAGGAUGAAUCCAUGCUUUCUAGUUGUUUACACCAAAUUCUGAUCCACCAACUUAAUGUUGUGGCUAAAAUCUGGAUUCAUAAGACCAAGCAACAUUUUCUAAUCUUCUGUGGUGAGCUUGUGCAAAUAGUCACCUCUGCUGCUGUAGCCAAGUUUCGAUGUGUUGUGUGUUCAGAGAUGGUAUUCUGCAUACUUGGUUUGCAGCACGUGGUUGUUGACUUCCAUUUUUCCUUCUUGACCAUGUCUACAUGCCUAAAUGCAUUGAGUUGCUGCUAUGUGAUUGGCUGAUAAGCUAUGUGUGUAAACAAGCUAUUGAACAGGUGUACCUAAUAAAGUGGCCAUUGUUUACAGAUGACUUGCAUUUUAUGCUGACGGAUAAGCUUAAAGUUUAAAAAUGAAAACAUGUUUUGCUGUUGUUCUUUUUUGGCACAAGUGAAUGAGUUUUUCUAUGUUAACCUGUACGUGUGGUGGUUAAUCUCACCUUUAGGAUCUGAAGAUUUGAGUUAAUGGCAGAGGCUCGGAGUGGCCCUUCUUCUCCUUGUCAAUAACAGAAGAUAACUCUUUCAGAUAAAAAUGUUUCGUCUGCACAAAAUACAAAAAUAAAUGUAAAUUUUGUCUUAAUUGUAGCUCUAAAACAGUACUUGACAGCAGAAACAUUAGACUUGGCAGUGAUUGCCAAGUGAAAAAAAGAGUCAGUGAUUAAGUGAAUAGAGUUGCACAGAGCUGAACAUUUUUAGAUACUUUUAUUACUGCUUUUUAUUGCCAUUAUAGGAAUGAAGCAGAGAAGUCAAAUAUUAUAAUUGGUGGUUAAACUGUUUUGUUUUUUUUGUUUGUUUUCUUUUAACCUAUGUUUUUUUUUUCUUUUUAGUAGAUUCUGUAAACAAAGCUCAACUUUCUUCAUUGAUGAAGCACUAUCUCUUCUGUAAAAUAAACAGUGUUUUUACAUGUUCCUUUUUUCUUUCACUUCAGCUUUUUAGAUAAAAUCGACAUAGUGAAACAGAGUGACUACACUCCAACGGACCAGGUGGGUUACCCUGUGUCAUCUCUUAAUUAAUAUUACCCAUCCCUUAUGAAACAUGUAAGUUAAUUAUCUUCAUUAAGAGAUUUCAAUAGAAGAGGCUUUUCCAAUGUGGCUUGUAUCAGAUAUUAACAAAUAGUCCCCUGAGUUUUACAUGGCCAUAAUUCAAAUUUCAUACAGCACACACUUUUGUUUGAAUAUCUUGAAACUCAAAUCUUGAAUUUUGUUAUGCAUCACUUAUCAAAGUUUUAUUUUACUUUAUAAGGAAAGAACAAAUCAUGCCAUUUUUUUCAGCUGAUAAUAAAGGAAUUAUCAAAAGGGCACUGGGGCAAUAUGUAGUGCAUGACAUACACUACAGACCAAAAGUUUGGAAGCAAGGCCAUUACAGGCCGAACAGUUGGGAGUAACUUCAAGUUUUUGUUCACAAUGCUUUUUUUUAAAUCCAGCAGUUUUAUGUAUUUUGGGAUGUAUUUACUCCAUGAUCAGAUGUUGCUUUCAUGGAAAUGCACCAUUUUACUCCCUUUACCUUUAGAUAUACAUUGAUGUUAACAGACCAUUGCUAAAUAUAUGUCUGCAAAAGAUAAGGGCUUAGUUUUAGGGUUGAAAACAUUUGCAAGAGUCACAACUUAAGUGCAAAAGCAAAAAAAAAAAAAAUCACAGUUGGAUUAUUCACUUCAACUUUUUGGCUUUAAAGAGCCUGCAUACAAAAAUCCUAAUAAAUCUUAACUGUGUUCAAACUACCCCAAAAAUGGCUAGAAAGAAGCAACUGAGUAAAGAAACAAAAGUACAGAUUUGUACAUUGAGGAAAGAAGGAUACACAGAAAGAGAAAUUGCAAAACACCUAAAGGUGUUUAACAAAGGAGUCCACUACACUCUGAAGAGACUAGAGGAACCUGGAAGUUAUGAUGAUAGAAAAAAACAUAGCAUUGUCACCAGUAAGAGAGAUCGGCGAAAGACAGCACCAAAAAUAAGGGAGGAAAUCAACAUGACAAGGUCGAAACCCAUAUCUCUGACAACCGUGAAAUGACGUUUGAGAAAGGCUGGUCUGAAGGUUUGUGUAUCUGCAAAAAAACACGACUUCAUCCACAGAACAAGAAAAAGAGAUAUGAGUAUGCAAAAGCUCACAAAAAUUGGACUUAUGAUGACUAGAAACAUGUUUGAACUGUUUGGUUCAAAACGCAGAGCCUAUGUCCGCAGACAAACUGGUGAACAUCUGAAAGCACCAUGUGUUACACCCACAAUUCCGCAUGGAGGUGGUAGUUCCAUGGUAUGGGGAUGUUUUGCAGGUGAUGGAGUAGGAGAUUUGUUUAAAGUAAAGGGUAUUAUGAAGAAGGAUCAAUACCACUCCACCUUCCAGCACCAUGCUGUUCCAUCUGGACUCAGACUUGUGGCUCAUAAGUUUGUUUUGCAGCAAGACAAUGACCCUAAGCACUCUGCCAAGCUCUGUCAGGGUUACCUAGACAAAAAAGAAGAGGAAGGUGUUCUUCAAAAGAUGGUUUGGCCCCCUCAGUCUCCAGACCUUUCUCCAAUUGAGCUUGUGCGGGAUGACUUGGAUCAAUCAGUCAGAAAAACGCGUCCCACGACUCAGCAGUCUCUUUUUUAAUGAACUUAAGAAAGCUUGGAAUGCAAUCCCUGGAACAUACCUUAAAAAACUUGUGGAAUGAAUGCCUGGUAUAUGCCAAGCUGUUGUUAAAGCCAGAGGAGGUUACUUUAAAGAAAGCAAAGUCUAAGCAAGAAAAGCUUAAAUACCUAAUAGUUAUAGUCAAAAUGUCUUCUUAUAAGUUACUCUUUACACAAUAGUCAUGUUUAUUGUGUUGCAAAUUAUAUAUAUAUGAAACUAUGGUCUUUUUUUGUACAAAUCUGAUCUUUCUUCCAAACUUUUGGCCUGUAGUGUAGGUGCAUAAUUUGAAAUGAUCUCGGCAACCUUUUUAUGACUGUUGUAUCUAUAUCAGGAUUUGCUGCGAUGCAGAGUGCUGACUUCAGGAAUCUUCGAGACAAGAUUUCAAGUGGACAAAGUUAAUUUCCAGUGAGUAAAAAUCUGGCUAACAAGGCAAUAAAUAUUUUUGUUUUACAAAGCUAAUACAAAGAGACCAUGGUAUAGAACUCAAGAUGUGCAUUAAGUCCACAUAAAGGCAGUAUUUAACCUGAUAACCUAAAUUUCCUUGUUUUAAUCACACAGUAUGUUUGAUGUCGGCGGUCAAAGAGAUGAACGCCGCAAAUGGAUUCAGUGCUUUAACGGUAGUUCUUUGUUUAUUUCUGCCUCCGCUUACUCCUCUCAUCCCAGUUCUUUUUAUCUCAAUGUGUCUGACUCUCUUUGUCUCUGUCACAUCCUCAGAUGUAACAGCCAUCAUCUUUGUGGUAGCCAGUAGCAGUUAUAAUAUGGUGAUCAGAGAGGACAAUCAGACCAACCGUUUACAGGAGGCCCUCAACCUCUUCAAGAACAUCUGGAACAACAGGUAAGAAGACAUUAAAGAAAAAAGAAAAAGAAAUUGUUGCCAAAGAAAAUUACAGAAUGAAGUGGUUUACCAAAUUUGAGGUUGUUUUACUUGUCAUUUAUGUCCGGCCUCCUUGUAAGUUGUCUCUCGGAAUCAACAUGUCCCCAUUUGGUAGCUGUUUGGUAUAGUGUUCCUCCCUAUAAGUUAGAUGGAUUUAUGUUUUGUGUUUUUUGUAAGCAAUCCUGUAAAAGAAACAUUGGACCUAUUGUUUCUGAACCCAAACUUAUCAGGCUCUGAAGGUAGGGAAAACAAUGCACACGGAACAAGCAUUUUUUUUAAGCUUCUCAAUUAAAAGAGCAGACCCAUGACCUAUCGUUGGAUCUUACAGUGUUUAUUGUACCCUCUUUUAUAUCCUCAAUAAUGAGGGUUUUAGAUCACUCAAAGAUCUAAGGAAAAGCUAUAAUUAACCAUCAAAGUCCUUUUAUUUGUUGCUUAUUUGUACCUUAGUUAAAUGUCCACUGAAACCAACUCUGAGGGUUUUGUUAUUUAUAUGCACAAGAAUUACAAAAAACAUCCGUGAUUGUCAUCCAGGUUUAAAGAAUUAAUUCAAACAACUUUAUGGAGCCAAUCAACUAGAUAAAAAUAGGAAAAUGUGGCACUCUCAUCUUGUAAUUAUAUCAAUUAUCCAACACCCCCCCCCCCACACACACACACACACACACACACACACACACACACAAAAUAAAUUAAUUAAUUAAUUGAAUUAAAUUACAUUAAAUUAAUUAACGAUAAAAAACACACAAUUCACUUAGUUGACAACACUGCAUUAGGAACACUUCCAAGAACCAUUUGUCUGUGAACUGUGCCAUGCAAAGAGAAGACCAUAUAUUCAUCCCCGAUGCUGGGGCUGAGCUAAUCCAUGAUAGACUGCGGUGUAGUGGAAAAAUGUUCAUUGAUCAGGCAAAUCAAAAUGUGAUAUUCUAUUUGGAAAUCAUGGAGACUGAAAGGGCUGAAGAUAAGGAGGUCUACCUCACUUACCAGCACACAAUCCCAAUGCCAGAAUCCAUGACAGUGCUUUAGGGCAUGUGCCAUGGGUAACCUGUGCAUUAAUGACGGCACCCAUUAAUGCUGAAUGAUAUUUACAGGUUUUAGAGCAAUAUAUGUUGUCAACUCAACGUGUUCAUCAUGGGAUAACUUGCAUAUAUAAGCAAGACCAUACUUAACUACAUUCUGCACCAUAAAACAGCAUGUCCCUGUAGUAAAGAGUUAGGGUGCUUGACUGGCUUAGCUGCAGUCCUAAAUUGUCACCCUUUGAAAAUAUCUGGCAUAAUAUGAAACAUAAAAUGCAACAAAAUAGACCCUGAACUGUUUAGCAGCUUUUCAAUCUGUAUAUCUGGCAAAAGUGUGUAAAUAUCCCACUCUCAAACUGACAGCAGUUGGUCUCUUCGGUUCCUAAAUGCUUAAAAUGUUGUUCUCAAAAGAGCUGAUGAAAUAGGGCGGUAGAUAUGGCCCUGCCUUAUCUUUUUUGAAGCUCACACAGUUUUAUUUAUUUGACUGUGUGACAGCAGUGAUUUGUUCUCGUAUGUAUCUUUAUAAGCAAACUGUCUCCUGGUGCAGUGUGUGCAUUUGGUUAUAAGUGUUUUGUUCUCUUCAGGUGGCUGCGGACCAUUUCUGUCAUCUUGUUCCUUAAUAAACAGGACUUGCUAGCAGAGAAGGUGUUGGCAGGAAAGUCAAAAAUUGAGGAAUACUUUCCUGAAUUUGCUCGCUACACAACACCUGAUGAUGGUGAGAAGUUGUGACUUUUUUCACUUGCAGAGAUUCAUACUGCCAUUUAUUUAAACUGGAGAAUCUGAACAGCAUAGGUGUUUCUAUUCACAAUACUCAUGGUACUCAUCAUAGGGGCAGUUUUACUUUAGAAACACAUAUAUAUAUGCCCUUUAAGUGUAUAUGUAUUUGUUGAUGAGUUGCUGUAUAAAAAACAUGUUGUCUUCCUGCAGAAAUUAGUCAAUUUGUCAGGAGUUCAGAGAUAAAGUUUGCUUUUUCAUGUUAUAGAUUUCUUUUAUGAUUCCAGUCCAUUCCUCUGCUGUUGCUCAGCAUUUAAACUGAUUUUUUGGUUUAAUUCGUCCCUCCCCCUACCCAAAAUGUGUUAUGCUUUCCUUUCAGAAAUAUAGGUACACAAUGAAGAAAGAUGAGCUUUUGAUAACAGAAAAUGUACUCCAAAAUUGCAUAUAUAUGUAGAAAACAGAAACUUCUCUUGCUUGGCCGGCUAGCACUCUGAGCACCCCCGAACACUCUGAUCCCAGAAUCGUCCCUGCUGACCACAGCCAAGAUAUUCACAGUUUGUUCUUGACAACCAGGGCCAUGGCAUGUUCGAUUACAGUUGGCCUUUUUCAACUUUAUAUGAACUUGAUAAACUUCCUCUCAAUUUUAGAUCUAUAAAUUGUCACAACUGAACAAUGACCUCUGAAAAAUACCAAGAUGUCCCAAUUCUCUCCUCUUUAUUCAAACUAUUUCCCAGUUUCUAAGAAUUUUUUGCUUGUCCUCAAAAAUUUCAGAGAAUGCAGAAUCACUGCAAAAUUUGACAUUUGUUUCACUAUUUCUCUCAUAAUAAUAUAUAUGUGCUUUCUUUUGAGUACCAAAGAUGAUUCUGGUAAUUGUAUGAUCAACUCUUGGUUGACCUAAGAAGUCCCAUGCCAUUUGAGACUUGCUGACUUCCCUUCUCUCCUCCCUCAGCGACCCCUGAGCCUGGAGAGGACCCCCGUGUAACCAGGGCUAAGUACUUUAUAAGAGAUGAAUUCCUGGUAAGUGCUCAGAUAAAGAUUUGUUUUUGGGGGAGGUCCAGCAAUGAUCCAUGUUUGCAAUGAGGUGACACCACUAACAUGUAUUGCUCAAUAUAUCUCUUUCCUCUUGGCUACUCAUUGUAGACCAAAAUUCAACGCAUUGAAUGUUGCACUGGGUGAUGUGUUCCUUCAUUAUGAUUGAAAUUGGAACUAUAGUAGUGGAUCCUAGAAGACUGAUAUGCUGUGAGUGAUGGAAGAGCCCAGAGGGAACCAAAUCCACAUAAAUUGGUUCCAUAUAAAUGAAACAGUUGUAAGUUUUGGUUUUCUUCAAAGGCAGAGCAGUAUUCUAUCUGUAGUCUCUUAUUUUUGUUAUAAGCAGAGUUUAAAUUAAAUUCAGAAAGUCAAAAAUAGCGAUUUACGUAUGAUCGGCACAAAAGUUUAUGGAAUUACCAAGACAUCAAUCUGUUAGUGGGCCCAUCCAUGCAAUACGUAAUUGGCAUAACAUAUAUAUAGACAUUCAUGUAUACAUUGUGAAUAGUUUCCCUUUUUUCCUUUCUCUUUUACAGAGGAUUAGUACAGCAAGUGGGGAUGGAAGGCACUACUGUUACCCCCACUUUACAUGUGCUGUCGACACAGAAAAUAUUCGCAGAGUCUUCAACGACUGUCGGGACAUAAUUCAGCGGAUGCACCUGCGGCAGUAUGAGCUGUUGUGAUGUCAAGAAAGUGUUCAGCCAGUAACACAAAGAAAACAUGGGACUAUCAAAAACCCUGAACCCUGAGUCUCCUAAAUCCCUCUUCCACAGAAGUGUGCGAGCUCUUGUAAAGUAACAGGGGCCAAGACAUGCACACAAGCACACACUCACACACAAACACACACACACACACACAUUUACACUCGAUAGUUACUCUAAACCUAGAACUCCCCCUCAUGUAAACUUAGAAGGCAAAGUUACUUUGAUGGGAGGGUUUGAUGGUCAAGUACAGAUAGACUUUGAUCGGCAUUCAGCCAUACUCUUGGCACUUCUUCUUACCAUCACAUAUUGACUCCUAACGUGUUACCUUUGCCUGUCUGAAAACCCGCAGUGGCCCAUUUUAGACUGUUUUCCUGCAGUGAUCAAAGUUUGAGCAGCAGUUGAGAUUUGCCACUUGCUGGGUUCAAGAUAAUAGCCGAGAGAGUUACUACUUAAGUGCCACUGUUUAAUUACUGCAUAAAGAAAAAGAAAACAUGUUGGAACAGAUCAGCUGAACACUGUAUCUAUCACAAGCACUCUGCUCAGGACUUAACUUAAAAAAAUCAAGAUUGUACACCAGUCCAUCUUACCACUUACACACACCCAGAAACCUAACCACAGGAUCUGCUUGCACACUGAAAAGUAUCAAACUGCUUUCUAGUAGACUAAGAAAAACAGGAUGCAUCUUGAAACUUGCUCAUCUACCAUCAAGCAGCAGGUACGCUGAGCUUUUUUCAGCGCAGUGCUUUGAGAUUACACAGUCUGAGUGGAUGACUGCACAGCCAAGCCCUGAGUAGCAUGGACUAAAUGGACCAAGGGUGUGCUGUGAUAAGUCAGGCUGUGAAUGAGGGUUGACAAAAAAGGACUGGGCCAACUUCGAUGUGAAUUUCUUGAUAUGAUUGUCAAGGGACCCCUGACAGUCACUAGACUUCUCAACAGAACUGCUUUGCCACCUGACUUUGCCUUGUUGGAAAUUUCGUGAAGCGAAAUUUGAGACGGAUGAAGCGAGUUAAAAACAAAAGCAAACAAAAAUAAGCCACCUUUUAUAGGAAUAGACAAACAGGGCAAAAAGCAUCCAUACUGUGUAAGUUAAAGAGAACUCUCAUCUUGUCAUGAUUGACUCUGUUUUACUGUCUCCACAGCUGUUUUUGUCUGUGUAGACUUUUGUGCCAUUGUGCCAUGUGCUCUCUCUCUCUCUCACUCUCUCCCUCUCUCUCUUUCUUUCUCUCUUUCUUUCUCUCUUUUUAUCUUUACUCUUCAUUCUCUGUCUCUCUUUAUUUGUCCCUCACUCAUUCUUGCCACACUUUGCUCCCCCUUUCUAUUGUUUUCCCCUCUACUCUCACUUCUCCACACCACCACCAUCAUCCCUCCCUUGCACCUUUACCUUCCUAGCAGUGCUCUUUUGGUAUAAGAGAAAAAUAUAAAUAUAAUAAUCACCCUGAUAUAUGACAAUGAAGAAGAUGGCAAAAACUAAUGGGACACUUUUUUUCAUUCCUUUGCUUUGUCUUUGCUUUUCCCUUCUCCUUCCCAACCUCAAGCUCCUUUUUACGUGUGUCUACUUUAUUGCUGAACUAUUAUUCUUGUACAGACUGUAAAAUGUAUUAUUUUGUACAACUUUAUGAAAAAAAACUUUUAGAAGAUCCCUGUGCCUUGAUUACGACUGUAUGUGUGUAAUGAGCUAAAGUGGGUGUCAUACUGCGCUGUAUAGCUUGGCCAAUCCCCUCCCGACUUCUUUUCCCCUAAACCACUAACUUUCUCUCUUUAUUCUUUAACCAUUUUCUUUUUCUCCCUCUCCCUUUCCUUGGGACAGAAGACAAGGAUUUGUAGCCUUGUAGUUUUAUGUCUCUCCCCUAUUCUUUGAUUCACUCCUUAUGAUUUAAAUGUUUAUUUUUGGAUCCAUAUACCCCAAAAAAGAUAACUAUAUGAAAUGUAUAUGGGUUUUUAAAAAAGUAUUUUAUUAGAAUCAAAUGAACCUUGACAAAUUGUACACUUGAUAGUGUGCGUAUUACUAUAACUUAAAUCCAUUUAACGGAAGUUGUUUUCAGGUCUCAGUUGUUUUCUUUGGUCAUCUGCAAAAGACAUUAUGAAGGGUUUUUGAGAUGCAAAACACUGCUUGUUUCUAUACAAAUCUUCUUUUGUUUAGAAAAAGCCCCCCAAAAUGAGCAGUUUGGUUUCAGGUGAAGGAGGAGGAGCCCUCCUUCCUAGCCUUGCACAGCAGUGGCAGACUGUACAGUAUUAGUAUCUCUCUCAUUUCAGUGCCAUAGUCUUCAUUUAAUGUGUACAUCAAAUAUGGAUCUCAACUUUCUGAACAGAAGCUCUAAGAAAUAAAGGUUUUUUGAUGCAGACAGCAA